AUGGAUCGCCACAAAAUUGAAUUUAAACAAAGAGAACGAUAAGAUAAUAGACAUAGGAUGCGGUAAUGCAAUGACUUUGGUGGAACUCGCGAAAGAAGGAUUCACAAACUUGACGGGGGUGGAUUACUCACAAAAAGCAAUAGAUCUGGCCCGCAUGGUGUUGAACGAUAACAAUUUGUCGAAUGUAAAGAUAGAGAUUUGUAAUAUACUUGACAACACAUUGCCGCAUGAUUUUAAAGUCGUUCAUGAUAAAGGCACUUACGACGCUAUUAGUUUAAAUCCAGAGAAUCCGAUGGAAAAGAGACAGAAAUAUAUAGAAAAUAUAUAUCGCAUUCUUCUGCCAAGAGGAUAUUUCGUCCUGACAUCUUGCAAUUGGACCAAAGAAGAAUUGCUGAAGCAUUUUGCGAGUCAUUUCGAACUUGAUAGUCAACUUCCUACGGAUAUGUUUCAAUUUGGUGGGCAGACAGGCAACACUGUAACACAAUUGAUAUUUAGAAAAAAGUGACAAUCGAAAAAUUCAGAU